AUGACUGUAGUCGAUCGAUUACCUAACACUUCUUGGGAAGGACAUCCGUCCUGUGAGCAAUGGCAGCGGACAUAUAGCCGGUGUUCAGCUAAUGAGGUCUUCCAUAUCCGACUGGGGGACAGUAAGUUCUUUGGAGAAUAUGAAGGAAAAAGCUUUACCUAUGCAUCCUUCCAUGCCCACAAAAAGUAUGGAGUCUGCUUGAUUGGAGUACGACGAGAUGCCAGUACAAAUAUUCUCUUGAACCCAGGGCCCUGCCACAUCAUGGCUGCCUCUGACACCUGUUUCUACAUCAAUGUUUCAAAGGAAGAGAACUCUGCAUUCAUCUUCAAACAGCAGGAACAUUUACUGAGGAAGGGUCUCUCCGAGACAGUUUACCAUGGCCUGACACGGCUGCCGGUUCACAGUAUUAUUGCCAGCAUGGGCACUGUUGCUAUGGAUCUUCAUGACUCUGGUAGCAGUCCAGAAAGUGCAGAUCGCAAGACACUCACACUUCCAUCUGAUCAUUCCAAAGAGAGACGGCACAGCAUUGCACCAGUGCUUGAGGUUGUUGAUUCACUGCCCAACCCAACCUAUGACCUUCUGAGUGACCAGUCAGAAGAUGAAGCCAAUCAGUCAGAUGAGGAGAUCUCAUCAGCAACAGAUUGGGUAAAAGGGUACCCAAUGAACUCACCAUACAUAGGAAGCUCCCCCACCUUAUGCCACCUUCUGCAAGAAAAAGUCCCUUUUUGUUGCUUGCGAUUAGACAAGGGUUGUAAUCACUAUCCUUAUGAAGAUGCCCGUGCUUAUAGAUUCAAAAAUAAGCUAAUAAUUGUUUCAGCUGAGAGAGCGGGGAAUGGACUAUAUAAUUUUAUUGUUCCACUAAGGGCCUACUAUCGUCCCAAGAAGGAGCUCAGCCCUAUAGUUCUACUGUUGGAAGACCCGCCAGAGACACACUUUCUAGAAGCCAUCUGUUGUUUUCCCAUGGUCUACUACAUGGUUGGAUCUAUUGAUAAUCUCGAUGAUCUGCUGCGAUGUGGGGUGACAUUUGCCACCAACAUGGUGGUAGUAGACAAGGAAAGUUCCAUGAUUGCCGAAGAAGAUUAUAUGGCAGAUGCAAAAACCAUCGUCAAUGUUCAGACUCUCUUCAGGUUGUUCCCAAGUCUGAACAUCAUCACAGAACUUGCACACCCAGCUAAUAUGAGGUUUAUGCAGUUCAAAGCCAAGGAUCACUAUUCGUUAGCAUUGUCAAAGCUGGAAAAGAAAGAACGAGAGAAGGGGUCGAACUUAGUCUUCAUGUUCCGGUUACCAUUUGCUGCUGGGAAGGUCUUCAGUGUUAGCAUGCUUGAUACCCUUCUCUAUCAGAUACUUAACUGCCGUCAUGACGGCAUUGAGAAUGCAAUUGUCACAUUUGCCAGGUCCUAG